AUGAAGUUCGGCGAACAGCUCCGUUCGUCCAUGAUCAAGGACUAUUUCUGGCACUAUAUCGCCUACGAAGAUCUUAAGGACGCCCUCAAAACAGAAUAUGUGACCGAGCCAACCCCCGCAAACCCGAAACCAGACCGUAAACCAUGGACGGAAGCCGACGAAAGACGGUUUGUAGCCUUGUUGGAAAGCGAACUGGAUAAAGUCGCUACUUUUCAAAGUUUGAAGAGUAAAGAGAUUAUUCAGCGGAUUAAGGCGAGUGAGCAGGAGGUUAACCAUGUGGUGGGUCGGUUGGAGUCUUCCAAUUCUCGUCGUGCGGCAGAUAGGCCGACCGAUGAGGAUUUUCUGUUGCUUGAGGCUGAUUUGAGUGAUAUCAUUGCUGAUGUCCAUGAUCUGGCCAAAUUCACGCAAUUGAAUUACACUGGGUUCCAGAAGAUUAUCAAGAAGCAUGAUAAACAAACGAGGUGGUACUUGAAGCCCGUGUUCGCUGCCCGAUUGAAUGCCAAGCCAUUUUUCAAGGACAAUUAUGACGCGUUCGUUGUAAAACUUUCACAUCUCUACGACCUGGUCAGAACCAAGGGUAACCCCGUCAAGGGUGAUUCGUCUGCAGGCGGUGGACAGCAAAACUUUGUGCGACAGACCACCAAGUACUGGGUACAUCCCGACAACAUCACCGAGUUGAAAUUGAUUAUCCUCAAGCAUCUUCCUGUCCUUGUGUUCAACCCCAGCAAAGAAUUCGAGGAAAAGGAUUCUGCCAUUUCUUCGAUCUAUUAUGACAACCCAGAAACAUGGGAGCUGUAUAAAGGCCGUCUUCUAAAGACAGAAGGCGCAGAGGCUAUUCGACUAAGAUGGUACGGUGGGAUGGACGUUGACCAAAUCUUCGUCGAACGCAAGACGCAUCGGGAGGACUGGACCGGAGAAAAAUCUGUCAAGGCGCGGUUCCCCAUAAAGGAAAAAUACGUCAAUGCAUACUUGUCUGGCGAGAUGACAGUCGGAGCCGUCUUUGAGAAAAUGAGAAAAGAAGGCAAGAAGACAGAACAGCAAAUAGCCGACUGGGAAGCUCUUGCAAAGGAGAUUCAGUACCGUGUAGUUACUCGCCACCUCAUGCCUGUUUGCCGGACAUUCUACCAUCGUACUGCAUUCCAAUUGCCAGGCGAUGCCCGUGUCCGAAUUUCUUUGGAUACUGAAUUGAGCAUGAUUCGUGAAGACAAUCUAGACGGCAGAAGACGUUCUGGUGAUAACUGGCGGCGUAUGGAUAUUGGAAUCGACUGGCCAUUCCGUCAACUACCACCAGAGGAUAUUGAAAGAUUUCCCUACGCAGUUUUGGAAGUCAAACUCCAAACCCAAGCUGGACAGGAACCCCCUCAGUGGAUUCGCGACCUCACCGCCAGUCAUCUAGUAGAGGCCGUUCCUAAAUUCAGCAAGUUUAUCCACGGAUGCGCGACUGUAUUUCCUGACAAGAUUCAUCUCUUGCCUUUCUGGUUCCCGCAAAUGGACGUCGACAUCCGAAAGCCCAUUACGCGCAAAUAUGGUAUUGAACGGCCGGCGCAGAGCACGAGCUUAUCCACUUCGGACAUGAUUGACGAGGAGGAUGAUGAGACAGAUGACGAGAUUGACGUACAUGGUGAUCAGACAAGCAAUAUCAGUACUAUUCAAGCCGUUGCCAACGAUGAACGCAACAAUGACACGCUACAGGCGACCCGUAACGAGUUAGAUGUCGAAGAACGUGUCGCUGCUGAUUUCCUUGCUGGUGAUGAGGACUAUCCAUUGUAUGACUCGGAUGACGAGUCUGAUUUCUCGGAUGAUGUGCUCGAAGAGGCGCGUCGUAUCGGAGGGAUGUACUAUUACCGUAUGUUGUUGAGCAGCUAUCUUCAGCGCACAGGGCAUAUCACCUGGGAAGUUUUGAAGGCUAUCACGCCUCGACCACGAGCUACGCCGAUGCCCGAAGGGACAAGCAAUGGAAUCACCAUUCUCGGAAACGGCAGACGCACAGUGAAGCGCUUCACUGCUCCCAAGGGUAAACGCAUUCACGUCCCCAUCCGCGUCGAACCAAAAGUUUACUUUGCUGCUGAACGCACGUUCCUUUCCUGGCUCGAAUUCUCAAUCUUGAUCGGCUCCAUAGCAGCGACCCUUCUCAACUUUGGCAGUGACUACGUGACAUUCGCAUCGGCAUGGGUUUUCAGCAUCAUUGCCGUCAUAUGCCUUCUCUACUCUGUGAUACUAUACGUCUGGCGUGUGGACAAGAUCCGUAAAAGACGGGAUGUUAAACGCAUCUAUUACGAAAAAUGGGGUCCCACCUUCCUUUGUCUGGGAUUGGUAGCGGCUGUGUUGGUCAAUUUCAUCCUGAGGGCGAAACACGGCCAACUUGUGUCUGGUAAUGAUCAGCAGUAUCAUCCUGUAUAUCAAGCGGAUAAGGUAAAUCAGACGACCGUGGAUGCCGACAGUCUUCGUGGUUUGGAGCUGUGA